AUGCCUAUGCCCCGUACGCCUACGCUCACGCCUAUACCUUCGCCCUCUGCUCCUACGCCUACGCCUGCUCUUUAUACUCUCUAUACCACGGGCCUCUACACCUAUACGCAUACGCUCUCUAUAUCUAUACAUAUACGAUCUCCGUACCUAUACGCCUAUGCCUACGCCUGUGCCCUCGCCACCCGUACGUCUAUACUCUCUACACCCACGCCUGUGCCCACGCCUAUGCCCACGGCAUACAUACGCCUAUACCCUAUUACCCUCACUACUAUUACCCUCAUCACCCGUACGCUAUCACCCUGA